UUCAAUAUAUCUGAGGCUGUCACACAGAGUGCAAGUUUUAAGUGAAAAGAAACAAUGUAUGCACUAAGCAGCUCACUUGUGCGUUCCCCAGCACUUCGCCAAGGCCUACAAAAGGCCGCGGCUAAUCGUCAGGUGUCAUUGAAAGUUGUCUCUGUCGGCUCAACCAUCAAGGAUGAGAGUUUCUUUGAGAAAAAUGAACGUCUGGGACGCCAGAUGUCACCGCACUUGACCAUCUACAAGCCGCAGCUCACCUCAAUGCUCUCCAUCAUGCAUCGUGGCACCGGCAUGGCCAUGGGCGUCGGCGUUUGGAGCUUGGGCAUUGGCGCACUAAUCGCCUCUCAAGACAUCAGCCACUACGUCACCAUGGUGGAGGGUCUCCAACUGAGCGCCGCCUCCUUGACCGCUAUCAAGUUCAUAAUCGCCUAUCCGUUUGGCUACCACGCCGCCAAUGGUAUUCGCCAUCUGCUCUGGGACACUGGUCGUUUCCUCAAGAUCAAAGAGGUCUAUUCCACCGGUUAUGUAAUGGUUGCCACAUCCGUCGUGCUAACCGCCAUCUUGGCCCUUCUCUAAACAGAGGCUGCGUGUAAUUAAAUUUUAGUACGAACAAGUCUAUUAUUUGUUAAAUGCAUAAUACAUGUACAGUUUAUUUAUA